UAACCGAAAGACGCGCGCAACUUAUAAUUAGGGAUUUUUUUGCUAUUCAUCAUUUUGUGUAUCCUAGCUAGGUCUUGAAAAAACCUCUGAUACUUUUGCCUCCUCUCAAGUAGCAUCAUUUUCUCAUCAAUGUAUGUUUAUGUGUCCAUUAAUCUGUGUUUUUUAAUGAUUAAACAUGGCUUCAAGCAUGGAUUCCGUCUCUUGUUUAGAAUUGGCGCUCGAAGGUGAACGCCUAUGCAAAGUUGGUGAUUUUAAUGGUGGUGUUGCAUUCUUUGAAGCAGCUGUAAAAUGUGGUACGAAUGACAUGAAAACAUUAUCAGCCAUUUAUUCACAAUUGGGUAAUGCCUAUUUUUAUCUGGGCAAUUAUUCCAAAGCUAUGGAAUAUCAUAAAUUGGAUCUAUCCGUUGCCAAAUCAAUAAAUGAUCGGAUUGGCGAAGCAAAAGCGAGUGGCAAUUUGGGUAACACAUUAAAAAUGAUGAAUCAAUAUGAUUCAGCCGUGUCUUAUUGUAAAAAACAUCUUGAUAUUGCCCGCGAAUUAAACGAUAAGGUUGGUGAAGGACGAGCUCUUUACAACCUGGGAAAUAUUUAUCAUACGAAAGCCAAAAAUCUUGGUCAUCUUGGAAGUCAUGAUCCAGGCAAUUUUCCAGAGGAUGUCGAACGAUGUUUAGAAAUGGCUAUUAAAUAUUACAAAGAAAAUUUAGAGCUAAUGAUCAAUUUGGGUGAUCAUUCAGCACAAGGUCGAACAUACGGAAAUCUCGGAAAUACGUAUUAUUUAUUGGGAAAUUUUUCUCAAGCUGUCGAAUAUCAUCAAAAGCGGCUGGAAAUUGCGGUACAAUUCAAUGAUAGAGCAGCGGAGAGAAGAGCCCAUUGUAAUUUAGGAAAUGCUCAUAUAUUUCUCGGUGAAUUCGAAAAAGCGAUUGAAAAUUACAAACAAACAUUAUUAUUGGCUGAAGAAUUGAAAGAUCAAUUGAUUGAAGCUCAAGCAUGUUAUAGUUUAGGCAACACAUAUGUUUUGCUGAAAAAUUUCGAUAUGGCUAUUGAAUAUUAUCUACGACAUUUAGCAAUAGCCAAGAAAAUAAAUGACCGGAUAGGCGAGGGUCGAGCCUAUUGGAGUUUGAGCAACGCUAUACAAGCGAUCGGUGAUCAUCAAAAAGCAAUGGAAUAUGUUCAAAAACAUUUAGAAAUUUCGAAAGAAAUUGGAGAUUUGACUGGACAAGAAAAUGCUGAAAUCAGUAUCAGCAAACUUCGUCAAAAACUUAAUCUUGAAUCGGCUACAAACGAAAGGGUGAAGAAUAUAAUGCGACCUAAACGUAUUAGUAUGAAUAAACUUGAAUUACUCAACCUCACACCAGAUCAACGUAAAAAUGUUGAUGAAGUAUCAACCGCUUCAAAUAUGAAAGAUAGAACUAGGGCAGCCAGUUUCGAAUGUGUUUCAAAAGGAAACGAUGAAUUCUUUGAAUUGCUUUCAAAGUUUCAAAGUAAACGUAUGGAUGAUCAAAGAUGUUCAAUUGAAAUUUUGUCCAACAAAGAGAACAUUCCAAACAAAACUGUUAGUUUCAUUGAUGAAACUAAUAGUAAUAAUAAUAAUAAUAAUAUAAAUAAUAACAAAAAGAAAACCAACAUCCGUGGUGAUGAAGCAAUUUUUGAUUUGAUUGCUGGCAUGCAAGAACGUCGCAUGGAUGAUCAAAGAGCUACAUUGCCCACACGUACGACCACGCACAAUUCUAAUGGUCUUCAAUCCAAUUUCACUAAUAAGGUUAAUAAUACUCAACAAAAUAAUUUGACUAAAAAACGCACACAGCGUCAAUAUUCAUUGAAUACCAUUGGUGCUCGAAAUGCAUUAGAUGAUGACUUUUUCGAUAUGCUCAUACGUUGCCAAGCAAGUCGUUUAGAAGAUCAACGUAGCGAGAUGCCCUCAUCAUCAUCGGGGUUGUUAUUGAAGAGACCAUCUGAAAAACGUACCAUAGACAGGCCAAUCAGUGUUUCUUCAACGCAAAGUAAUACACCAACAUUUGCCCCAACAGUACCAGAUGAAGAUUUUUUCAAUCUAAUCAUGCGUUUUCAAUCUAAUCGAAUCGAAGAUCAACGUAGUGCUUUACCACCAAGUACUGUUGAUUAAUUAUGAAUAAGAUGCAGACCCAUUUUCAUUCGCAGAUAAAAGUUUUGCAGCCAUAAAAAUUUUAUUACAUUGUUUGAUGAUGAUAACUGCCACCGAUUGUUUUUCAUGACUUAGUUUGCGAUUUCUGUAAUAUAUUUGAUGAUGAUUAUGAUACGAUUAAUUCGAUGUAAACCCUAUUAAUUCGACCUCUUUCAUUUUGAAAAAAAUAAAAACAUUUUUCAACCACUCGAAA